UGGCGGUGGGGCGGCCCGGAGAGGGCAUGGACCACGGUGACUGCCCCAGCCCGGGGGCGGCGGCGGUCGCUGAAACCUCAGACCUCAUGGAAACUGGGGGCGAUGCCAGAUCGGCACCUCGGCGGGGAGGCAGAGGAGGAGGCGGCGGCCGUGGCGAGGUUCCAGCGAAUGCCAAGCCCGGCGCUUCCCCGGCUGCGGAGACGAGCAUGAAUAUUGACGGCCCCGGCGGUGGCAAGAGGAGCGAGGCGGCCGCGGACGCUGCUGCAAUGUCGGGAGCCCCGGGGGGACCGGCUCCGCCGCCCCGCGCCCCCACCUCCAGGGACCCCAAAAUGGUCCAUCAGCGUUUCCUGCGGAGGAGCGUGGUGGACUCGGACCAGGAGGAGCCCCCGUUCGACCUUCCCGAGUCGGAGCAUCAAAGGAAAAUCAUCCUGCUCCCCAAAACCAGGAGGAUAAUUGCGGAGAGGGCGAAAGCAGGACACAGGUCCCCGGAGCCUGGCUGCCCGGGGUCUGAGCCUGCCGCCGGGCCAAGACCAGCGCCGGGCCCGGGCAGCGCCGCGGGCACCGAGGAGCAGAAGGAACCUGGCAGAGAUGUUGAGAGGAAAGAGGCGGUGGAUGCUUCCAGAGAUCAGAGCAAGGCUAAAAAAGAGGAGCCCGAGGAGGAGGAGGCUGAUAUGAAAGCGGUUGCCACCUCGCUGGAUGGCAGGUUCCUAAAGUUUGAUAUUGAACUCGGGAGGGGAUCCUUCAAAACGGUCUAUAAGGGUCUGGACACGGAGACGUGGGUGGAAGUCGCAUGGUGUGAACUUCAGGACAGAAAACUCACAAAAGUAGAGAGGCAGAGAUUUAAAGAGGAAGCAGAAAUGUUGAAAGGUCUACAGCAUCCAAACAUUGUGAGAUUUUAUGACUUCUGGGAAUCCUGUGUAAAAGGCAAAAGGUGCAUCGUGCUGGUUACCGAAUUGAUGACCUCUGGAACACUGAAGACGUAUCUGAAAAGAUUUAAAGUGAUGAAACCAAAAGUCCUGCGUAGUUGGUGCCGGCAGAUCCUGAAAGGUCUUCUCUUCUUGCACACAAGAACUCCACCAAUCAUUCACAGAGACUUAAAAUGUGACAAUAUCUUUAUUACUGGGCCCACUGGAUCUGUGAAAAUAGGAGACUUGGGUCUCGCAACCCUCAAGAGAGCUUCAUUUGCCAAAAGUGUAAUAGGUACACCAGAAUUCAUGGCCCCGGAAAUGUAUGAGGAACACUAUGAUGAAUCUGUGGAUGUCUAUGCUUUUGGAAUGUGCAUGUUGGAAAUGGCUACCUCAGAAUAUCCUUACUCAGAAUGCCAGAAUGCUGCUCAAAUUUACCGGAAAGUCACCUGUGGUAUAAAGCCAGCAAGCUUUGAGAAAGUUACUGAUCCUGAAAUUAAGGAGAUAAUUGGGGAGUGCAUUUGCAAAAAUAAGGAAGAAAGAUAUGAAAUUAAAGAUUUGUUAAGCCAUGCCUUUUUUGCUGAAGAUACUGGGGUAAGAGUGGAACUUGCAGAAGAAGACCAUGGUAGGAAAUCCUCUAUUGCCUUAAGACUCUGGGUAGAAGAUCCUAAGAAACUGAAAGGAAAACCCAAAGAUAAUGGAGCCAUUGAGUUUACUUUUGAUCUGGAGAAGGAAACUCCUGAUGAUGUUGCACAAGAAAUGAUUGACUCUGGAUUUUUUCAUGAAAGUGAUCUCAAGAUAGUUGCAAAGUCCAUACGUGACAGAGUAGCAUUAAUACUAUGGAGAAGAGAGCGAAUUUGGCCAAGAAUGCAGUCAGAGGAACGUCGGGACUCUGAGUGUCUGGAGAAGCUGAAGACGCCACAUGCACAGCAGGUCCAGGUCACUUACCUUUCUCACACUGGUCACCAUGUCCUGUCAGAGCCUGAGGAGCCCGAGGCAGACCAGCAUCCCUUUCAGCAGAACCUGCCCACCAGUGUCACCUCUGUUGCAUCUGACAGCACAUUCGACAGUGGCCAGGGAUCCACUGUUUACUCAGACUCCCAAAGCAGCCAGCAAAGUGUCAUCUACUCGUCCCUGCCUGAUCCCAUACCUCCUGCUAUCCAGCGGGUGUACAGCCCACCUCUGAGUGAGAGCCAGGCUGUGCCUCACGGCCUUCAGCAGCUGGGGCACUACCAGCAGCCCUCAGGACCUGGUGUCCCCACAGUGCCAGCUGUGCCUGCCGUGGUGUCCCAGAGGCCACAGCCCUACCCAGAGCCUGCGAUGCCGUUCCCUGUGGUCCAGCCCACCACCGUCGCCUCCCUGCCACUGGGGCAGCCACAGCCAGUGCUGGCCGGCCAGCAGCAGCAACCCGUAGCCCAGCAGGCAUCCCUGCAGCAGGUACUUGCCAGCCAGCCCGUUUGCCCCAUCCAGCCUACAACCCAUCUGCUACCCCAGUAUCAGCCCCAGACCUCUCAGGUGGCAGCCAGCAGCACCCCACUGAAACCUCUUCAAAUUUCAACUGUGCCGCAGCUUCCUCCGGUGGCCCCUUCCCAGAUUCCUCAGUUUCCUGUCAUUCCUGCAAUUACUCCUCUGGCAGGACUUGACAGCCUUCCUCCAAACCUCUCUGAUUUACCUGCUGCAAACGUGCCCCCCAUACCUGCUCCUUCUCAGUAUUUUGCUCCAGCCGUGAUUUUACCCAGCCUCCCCAUGAACCCCACUCUGCCUAUGGCACCAAACUCCCCUGCCCUCCCCAUGCAGGCAGUCAAUCUUCCUCAUACCACCGUGGCUUCUUUGGUCUUGCCCUGCCAAACAAUAGUGCCAAAUAUGUCGGCUGCUACGAUCCCGCUGCUUGCCGUGGCACCGCCGGGAGUGCCAGCACUGCCGCCGCACCAUGUGGUGCCCCAGCUCUCCCAACAGCAGAUGUACCCGGCCACCUUCCAGCAGAUCAUUCAGAGCGAAGCGCCCUCUCCCCAUCACACGCAGGGCACGCAAGCAGUAUCCCAGGUGCAGCAACCUCAGUCACUCCAGCCAAGCAUAAUCCAUCCUUCCGAACAGCCUCUGCCUGUGCCAGGGGCUGGACACCAGCAGAUGACUGGACACUCUCAAUAUGCUUUGGAGGCUGGAACUCAGGUGCCCAUGCUGCCAGUGCAACCCUCCAUAGUCAUGUCACCGCCUUUGCAGCUGCAGCCUGAGGUGUUGCCACCCCACGCCGCCCCGGAAGGUGUUUCACAGCUCCAUGGCAGCCUCGCUGCAGCCAGCCCGCCUGUGCCCAUAGAUCACUGCCUGCCUCUGCAGCCUUCUGGCCUGCUUCAGCCCGAGCUUUCCCAGCCACUGGCUCAGCAGUUCCCAGCUACCUGCUCAGCUGGCCCAGCACUCGCAAAGACAUCUCAAGAGGAGCAGGCAAUACAGGACAAACUUCAAACUCUGUCACAGAGCUGUGAAAGCUACAUGAGUCCAGAUGUUGCUUCAGGUAAAGAGAUGAGUGACAGCUUUGAAGGAGCAAUAGGAAGUGGAAAACAAGAAGGAAAGUCUUCAAAGAAACAUAAGAAAUCUACACGUGCACGUUCACGCCAGGAGAAGUCCAGCAGACCCAAACUGACCAUAUUAAAUGUUUGUAACACGGGGGAUAAGAUGGUGGAGUGCCAGCUUGAAACACACAAUCACAAAAUGGUAACUUUCAAGUUUGAUUUGGAUGGUGAUGCACCAGAGGAAAUUGCUACUUACAUGGUAGAGAAUGAAUUCAUAUUGCAGAGUGAAAAAGAGACAUUUAUUGAACAAAUGAAAGAUAUUAUUGAUAAAGCAGAAGAUAUGCUCAGUGAAGAUACAGAAGGAGAAAGAAGUUCUGAUCAGGGAAUGAGUCCCCAGCAAGAUACCGAUAGACUGGAAAUGGGUGAGGAGAAGCGGCAGUCUCAGACGAAGACACCUGUGUAUCAGCAGAAUGUUUUGCAUACUGGGAAAAGGUGGUUUAUUAUAUGUCCUGUUGUGGAAAACCCUACUACUGAUGCACCAGAAUUUUCCCCACCAGUACCUCAGAGUACACAGCAGUUGGAAGGGCCAGACUCAGAGCAGCCAGAUGACCAGCCUGUGGUGAUGGAUCCACCUGGUGCCCUAUCUGAUCAGCAGACAUGUGACAGCCCUGUUGGAGUGUCUCCCUCUUUGGCACAAGUUCCUGCCACAGCAUCUUCCAUCUGUUUACCGAGCCAGGUGGAGUUUCCAGCUUCAGCACAACCGGAAUCUACUCCAAGUAUACUGGAACAGCCAGCCACCAACAGCAGUCAGCUGGAAUAUUCUCCAAUGCCGGCUCAUCCUGGCACUCCUGUCCCCUGUGCUGCCUUGUUGGAGGGGCCGCCUGAUGCUGCCCCGAGCCUGCAGCCGCAGCCUGACGAGGGCACAUGUGUCCCUGACGUGGAGAUCGCAUGUUGCAGUGUUGGGCCGCACAGGGCAGUCCCUGCAGCCCCCACAAAGGCAGCAGAGCUCUGCCCGCUCCAGGUGCUCCCGGAUGCCAUCGUGCUGGAGCGGCAGCCCGUGGCGCAGGUCCCUGUGCUGCCAGAGCCCAGCCAGCCCAGUGCGGUGCAGCAUCCCUUUGUGAGCCCGUCGUUCCCUGCAGCCACCACGGCCGAUCCUCUUGCUGUGGUGGGGUCUCAGCUCCAGAGCCCGACACAGGGGCCAGCACCUGCAGCCCCACAGCACGCCGCAGGGGUCGCUCUGCUGCAGCAGCAGCCUCCCGGCACGGCCGAGUCCGACGGAGAGGGGCCUCCCAGGGUGGACUUUGUCGACAACACCAUAAAAAGCCUCGAUGAGAAGCUGCGCAAUUUGCUUUACCAGGAAUACGUUCCUACUUCCUCUGCAUCGGCAGGGACCCCAGACAUUUCUGCCCCCUUGGAACAGGGCGACAGUGAACUUCACUUGCCGCCUUUUCCUGAAGAUCAAGUUCCCUCGUUGGUGUUGGAUUCGAGAGAAUCAGGCCAUAGUGUUGCAGACCCCAGCCAGGAGGUGAAAGCUGCUGCUGAGGCCCCAUCGGUGCCACUCAUAGCACCCAAGAUGUUGCCCUAUCCAGGACUGUAUGAAAAGUCAGAGGUCACCGGCAUCAGUGCCUGCUCCUCAGAAGGAAGAGGUGGGUCAGCAAGCAGAAAAGGUUCAGCUGCAAGCAUCACUUCAACUCCGGCUGCUACAGCAAAAGGCCUUCUUCAGGUUACACCUACAUCUUCAAGCGUAACUAAGCAGAUGGAAACUUCUAAAGGGAGCGAGAAGGCAAAAACUAUGAAACUGUCUGCACACACAGAAAAUGUAACACAGAUACCUACAGCAGAUGGGGUGAUAAAUAACCUUCAAAAGGAUGAUUCUCUAGACUCUGGCUCCUAUGGAAAACAAGCUGAAGCUCAUGAUAGCAGUACACCAGCCAAAACGAUCGGCAGGUUUUCAGUGAUCAGCACACAAGAUGAAUUAACUUUAGCAGCGCCGCACUGCUUGAGGUUCUCGGCACCCCCAGAUGUCUACUUGGAUGAGCUCCCUUCCAGCCCUAAUCUAAAAACAGCUGUCCGGCGCAUGCCGACAGCCUCCUCUGUUGAUGUCCUCUGUGACCAGGGUUCCAGUGAUUCUGCUGAGGAGCUAUUCCAUCGGCAGUCGGCUACUGCUGCCCCACUCUCCCCCCCAAGCAGCAGCACAGCUACUGACUUCAUUAAGAAAGCAGCUGCUUUUCUGCAGAGGUCUGGCAAAGCUGGCUCGCCUGGCCUUGAUUCCCCUAAUGGGCAAGGAGCAAAAAUUCCUACCAUCAACAUCACAUCUUUCCACUCGCAGUCAUCAUACAUGAGCAGUGACAAUGACUCAGAAUUUGAAGAUGCAGAUAUGAAGAAAGAAUUGCAGAACCUGAGAGAAAAACAUAUGAAAGAAAUUGCUGAACUUCAGACUCAGCAGAAGAAUGAGAUAGAGGCACUGUAUAUUCGGUUAGGGAAGCCCCUUCCUCCCAACCUGGGGUUCCUUCACUCAGCCCCACCAAGCAGCCGUCGCCGAAGAACCAGCAAAAAUAAAUUGAAAGGUGGAAAACUAUUAAACCCUCUGGUCCAGCAGCUCAGGAGUGGCACAUCAAGCACAAGUAAUCUUUCAGACUCUAAAGACUCACCCCACAAAGAAAUACCUAAAUCUCAGACUGGCUCUCCUGAAGCAGCAGCAGCAAUAGUUUCCUCUGCCUCAGCCACCUUUGGGAAGGCUGUUCAGACACAGCAGCCAUGCUCUGUCAAGGCCUCUUUGUCUUCUGACAUCUGCUCUGGCUUAGGCCCUGAAGGAGGUGACGUGAACGCAAGCUCUGGCCAAGGCUGGACGGUUUUCCACCAAACGUCUGAGAGAGUGACCUAUAAAUCUAGUAGCAAACCUCGUACCAGAUUCCUCAGUGGACCUGUGUCUUUGUCCAUCUGGUCCACCUUGAAACGACUAUGUCUAGGCAAAGAUCACAGUAGUAGAUCCUCGACAAACAGUCUCGCAACGUGUCCCGAGCCCCUCCCGCAAUCAACCCUGCAGGUUCAGGCCAACAACAGUAACAACAAGAAAGGGACAUUCACAGAUGAUCUUCACAAGCUGGUUGACCAGUGGACAAGCAAAACUGUUGGAGCUGCACAGACAAAACCUUCUUUAAACCAACUGAAGCAGAACCAAAAAAGGCAAGACAUGGAGCCAAAGGCUAAUCCCAUGCAAACACAGAAUGAGACAUGUGGAGUUAAUUCAGUAAGAACAGGAUUGGGGAAAAAAUACGUUGUUCCAGUGGCUUGUCCCAUGCCCGCUGCAUUAGCUCCUGGAGUGUCACCGUCCCUGCCAGUGCCUAUACCAGGGCCUGCCCUCUCUGUCACAGUGACCCCUUAUGUGAUGCCUCUCUGCCAGUACGGAGGAGUUUUCCCGAGGCCCGUUUAUGGAGCGCAGUGGCAUGUUGGCGGCGCAGGCAUUGCACGGUUCUCGCCCCUCAGCCGACCCUGCCUGCAGAUGUUCCCAGUGCCACCGCAGCUGCGUGCUCCCGAACCGCCUGGCCCGCACCUGCCCACCCUUGGUAACGGGAAUGUCCCGUGGAGUGUCUGAUGUGUAGAUGAUGCCAUUUUUGUUGGACGAGGCAGGGGCCCAGGCCCGCGAGCAUACUCAGCCAUACACUGCAUCCAGCAAUCACUGUGAAAUGGUUUCACAAAAGAUCCUUCAUCUGUGGUGGCAAUAUUUGCUUCUAUUUCAUUGCUGAAGACACUUUAUCCUGUUGUGUUCUGAUGUUUUACACUUGCGAUCCUUAAAGUCGAUGUACUUGAAUUGAUGACUAGAAAAUUGUACUAACCCCUGCAGGAGUACAGUGCCUUGAAUUUCUGCUUUUCAGUUCCAGCUGGAAAGAGAUGUAAAAUUAUGUGAAAGGUAUUGUUUUAUUUACAAUCCACCUGUGAGUUUGAGUUCUUUUUGGUUGCAAAGAUAUUGAAAAUUUACAGUUGACGUUCUUUAUCAGUUUCAUUCUUCAGUAAAUGCUUUUAUUUUAAUUCAUGGGAUGAAUUUUCAUUUCUGAAGCUUUAAAAUAAUCAUUGUGAGGUGAGAUUUGUUUGAUGUGCUGAUAAAAAUUGUGUUUGUAAACAGAAUAGUGAAAUGCGCAUUUUAAAAUAGAAGCAUUUACAGAGUGAUCCAAGUAAGUUGUAUAUAAGGACGGGUAAUAGCUUCAGGUAGUGCAAUUCAUUCUCUUCCACAGCCUUUGGUAAAGCUGUUGUAGACAGCAACUUAUUUCUCUACCAGGCAGGCAUAUACUGUUUUGUUCCAGAUCAGCAGCAAAUUGGAUUACAUUUUCUAUCCUCUGCUGGGCUUUGACAAUUUACUUAAAUUACAAAUUCAUGCAUGUUUCAUAACUGAAGAAAUCUAACUGAAAUUGUGAUGGUAGGAGAAUGUACCUCCAGGUUAUUGUAAGAGCCUUGUAAGUACAGCACUGUUGUGUGUUCUGGCCUCUGAGGUGAAGAAUGAUGGUUUGCCACUGACAUGCUAGCAGUAUUCAUGCUAAAAUGGAAUGAGAAUGUGAAGCUGUGCUUUUUCCUAUGUGACGCUUCAGUUCUGGAGUCUCACCACCCUGUGUUUGAAUUCUUUUUUUUUCUUAUUUUUUAUUUCUUUUUUCGUUUGACUCAAGUUUGCGCUCUAGGUGCCAUGGACACCUCUCUCCUGUUUGAAAGUUGCUUUUUACCCGUUUUACUGUGCAUAGAGUCUCCACCUGCACCUCUCGGUCUAAAGGCACAAGACAACCACUAACACUCAUUUGCUGAUGGUAAGUCUCUUUUCCCUGGGAUCGCUAAGGGAGAGCGUUGCAGACACAGGUUCCAACCAUGUGGUCACAUCUGAAGGCACAUUGCUCUCUAUCUCUACUGCGAUGCCAUUUUAUACUGUCUGCGGAAGGGCAGAGCUGUCUUGUGCUGCCAAGCUGUGAAUUGUAUAGUUCUAUUGUACUUUGAGCAUUAUAUCUGUCUAAAUUAUUUUGUUUGUACCCUUUGAAUAUCUUACUCCAUCAAUUCAGUUAGAAUUGAAUUUUAUAGACAAUUAUGCAGAGUCUUCUGCCUGGGCAAAAUACUUACUGUAGUAAGAGAUUUCUCUUCUCUGUAACAUGUAUCUUUAAUUUGUUUGGGUUUUUUAGAUUCAUGUCUGUAUGCUUCAUGAGCAAACAUGGAAAAUAUGUUCUCACACCACUUCUCCUUCAGCUUGCACUGAAUCUUACAGUUUAUGUCGCUAUUGCCUGUUGUAUAGUCCAUCCCUUGUAUACUGACAUAGUCAGUGGCACUAAAGACCAUGAGAAAUUGUAUAGAUUAAAAAGAAGAAAAAUAAACAUUUUGUGCUUGAAAA